GGCUGCGGGCUGCGGGUUGCAGGUUGCAGCAGCACCUGGAGAAUUGAGUGGGAGGCGAGCCGGACAGGCCAGCAUCCAGCCCAGAAUAGUGCAGCUGACUUAUGAUUGAAGUCUGCAGCUCUGGAGAAGCACGAGAAACCAAGGGCUUUACAAAAGACAAACAUGCGAAGCGCAGCCAAGCCCUGGAAUCCAGUUGUCAAAGCCAGUAGCCAUGGCCCUGACCGUGCCCGGCCUCUCCCUACAACCUCUUCUGGCAUGAAAAGUUCAAAAUCUUCAACCUCGUUGGCUUUUGAGUCCCGACUGAGCAAGCUCAAGAGGGCCAGUAGUGAGGACAUGCUGGACAAGCCUGGUAGUACCACCUCAUCAGGGACAGCACGACUGAAGAAGACUGUGACAGCAGGAGCGAUUUCUGAGCUCACAGAGAGCCGCUUGAAGAGCAGCACAGGGGCUGUUCCAACAACCAAACGGACAGGCAUUCCAGCUCCACGGGACCUCUCAGUAGCUAUCUCAAGAGAGAGAUCUGUGCCACGUGGUUCCUCCAAUCCUAAGAAAUCAGGGUCCAGUCCAACUUCCUCCUGCACGCCCACUCCUACCAAGCACCUGAGGAACACUUCUGCAAAACCCAAGCAAGACCAUGAAGGUGGAGAGAAGGCUGUGCUCGAGUCCCAGGUUCGGGAACUUCUGGCAGAAGCCAAAGCCAAAGACAGUGAAAUCAACAGACUUCGAAGUGAACUAAAGAAAUGCAAAGAGAGAAGGGCUUUGAGCACUGAGGGGACUGAUGCUUCAGACCCAAGUGCAGAUGGAACAAUUGCUCCACCAGGUGACAUAGAACCUUUGGUAAGAGCCCUUGAGGAGAAGAAUAAGACCUUUCAAAAAGAGCUUGCUGACCUAGAGGAAGAAAACCGGGCCUUGAAGGAGAAACUGACUUACCUUGAGCAGUCACCAAAUUCAGAAGGAACAGCAAGUCACAUUGGUGACAGCAGCUGCCCAACAUCCACAACUCAAGAGUCAAGCUUUGGAAGCCCAACUGGAAAUGAGCUGUCAAGUGAGACUGAUGAGUACAAAAGAAACACACAUGGGAAUGCAUUGAAGACAUCGGGUUCUUCAAGCAGUGAUGUUACCAAAGCUUCAUUGUCACCAGAUGCCUCUGAUUUUGAGCACAUCACUGCGGAUACCCCAUCUCGGCCCCUGUCUUCCACUAGCAACCCUUUUAAGAACUCAAAGUGUUCCCCUGUGGGGAGCUCCCCAAACAACACAAGCGAGCUGUCCCUGGCUUCUCUUACAGAGAAAAUACAAAAGAUGGAAGAGAAUCAGCACAGCACCACAGAAGAGCUGCAGGCUACUCUGCAAGAAUUAUCAGACCAGCAGCAAAUGGUCCAGGAACUGACAGCUGAGAAUGAGAAGCUGGUGGAUGAGAAGACAAUUUUAGAGACAUCCUUCCACCAGCAUCGAGAGAGGGCAGAACAGCUAAGUCAAGAAAAUGAGAAACUCAUCAAUCUUUUACAAGAGCGAGUAAAGAUUGAAGAGCCCAGCACCCAGGGAGGAAAAAUCCUUGAACUAGAGCAGAAGUGCACAGAUAUUCUUGAGAAUAGUCGCUUUGAAAGAGAGAAGCUGCUCAACAUUCAGCAGCAGCUUACCUGUAGCUUACGGAAGGUUGAAGAAGAAAACCAAGGAGCUUUAGAUAGGAUUAAACACCUGAAGGAAGAAAAUGACAAACUAAAUGGGUUUCUGGAACGAGAAAGGUGUAACAAUAGUGUGAUGGCCAAAACUUUGGAAGAAUGUAGAGUUACCUUGGAAGGCUUGAAGAUGGAGAAUGGGUCCUUGAAGGCUCAUUUGGAGAGUGAUAAGCGAAAGGCUACAGAAACCAGUAGUAUCGAAGGCCAGACUACAGAGAACUGCGAAGUUCAGGAGAUGUUGAAAGCAGCAAGAGCUGAGAAGGAUCAACUAGAACUGUCUUGUACUGAGCUCAGACAAGAAUUGCUAAAGGCAAAUGGUGAAAUUAAACAUGUCUCAAGCCUGCUAGCCAAGAUGGAAAAGGAUUAUUCUUACCUGAAGGAGAUCUGUGAUCAUCAAGCGGAACAGUUGAGCAGAACCAGCCUGAAACUGCAAGAGAAAGCAUCAGAGAGUGAUGCAGAGAUCAAAGACAUGAAAGAAACCAUAUUUGAAUUGGAAGAUCAGGUGGAACAGCACCGGGCCGUGAAGCUACACAAUAAUCAACUCAUUAGUGAGCUAGAAAGCAAUGUGAUCAAACUGGAGGAGCAGAAGUCAGACCUAGAACGGCAGCUCAAGACCCUGACAAAGCAGAUAAAGGAGGAGACGGAGGAGUGGAGGCGGUUCCAGGCAGACCUGCAGACUGCAGUAGUGGUGGCCAAUGACAUAAAGUGUGAAGCCCAGCAGGAGCUUCGCACGGUGAAAAGGAGGCUGCUAGAGGAAGAGGAGAAGAAUGCCAGGCUGCAGAAGGAGCUGGGGGACAUUCAGGGACACAGCAGACCUGUGAAUGAAGAGUCAGAUUCAUCGGAGGUAGAUGCUGCUGGCCGGUGGCAUGGUGUCUAUGUCAAUAGAACAUCUCCAGCACCGUCGGAGUCUGCAACCACUGUAAAGUCACUGAUCAAGUCAUUUGACUUAGGACGCCCAGCAGGCGGGGCUGGGCAGAAUAUUUCUGUCCACAAGACCCCCAGAAGUCCCCUGAGUGGCAUACCAGUGAGGACGGCUCCAGCAGCAGCAGUCUCUCCAAUGCAGAGACACUGUACAUUCAGCAGCAUACGGCCUACCACCAAAGGGAUGACUCAACGCUUGGACCUUCCAGACCUUCCCCUCUCAGAUCUUCUGAAGGGAAGGGCCGAGGACUUGAAACCAGAUCCUUACCUUCGAAAGAGUCCCUCUCUGGAGUCACUGAGCAGACCUCCCUCCCUGGGCUUUGGGAGCACCAGACUGCUGAGCACUUCCACUGGGGGACUGAAGCCACCUAGCAAACUCAGUGUGGAAAGAAGAGACCCUCUGGCAGCCUUGGCCCAGGAAUAUGGUGGCUCCAAGCGCAAUGCCCUACUGAAAUGGUGCCAGAAGAAGACAGAAGGUUAUGCGAAUAUUGACAUCACCAAUUUCAGCAGCAGCUGGAGUGAUGGGCUGGCCUUCUGUGCUCUGCUCCACACCUACCUGCCUGCCCACAUCCCAUACCAGGAGCUCAACAGUCAGGAGAAAAAAAGGAAUCUCUUGCUGGCAUUUGAAGCAGCUGGAAGUGUAGGCAUCAAGCCCAGUCUGGAGCUCAGUGAGAUGCUAUAUACCGACCGACCUGACUGGCAGAGCGUGAUGCAAUACGUGGCCCAGAUCUACAAGUACUUUGAGACGUAAACCUGAGGGCCUAAUAGCUGCUGCCACCAUCACCGCAAUUUGAACCUGGAAGCACCUGGUUGCUGUCCAUUUUCCAGCCAUCUGGAUUUCUAAGGAAGGCUCAAACUAAGUGGAUCAGUACUCAACUGAGUAUCCAAGCUGGGCUCCACAUCUGGAGCAUAAGUUGGAGAUCUGUGCUCUCCUACAAGAGGCAUUUAAAGAAGAUUGCACCCCCUCCUUCCAGACCAAGAUCCCAAGCCCUGACUCCUUUCUGUGAGAACCCAGGGUGACCUUGCCAGACCAUUUGGUGAUGAUUGUACUCUGAAAACAUUCCUUACCUACAGCACUUCCAAAUCAGUCUGUUUUUAGAACUAACCCCCCCCCCCGUCUUUGCCUUUAUAAAGUGUUAUCUUUGGCAAACUAAACCCCAAAAAACACAAAAACAGAACAACUUUUGCUUCAGAGCAACUUGGAAUGCAUUGUCCCUACCAUUUGGGGAAAUACGCUCACAUGCUAGGUAACAGUUUUGCCAUCUAGGAUUUAGUUGCACUUUUUAGACCUCACAGUCCAUUAUUAAAUUUCCUAAUGUGCGAAGGAGCCCCUGGGGGCCUUACUGAAGGGUUUCUGGGAGGUGAGGUGUCCCACGGCAGGAAGUGUACACGGGUCGCGUGUCAGUGGCGCCUUUUGUCCUCCCAUUUCUUCACACUCCCUUUCACAUUCACACAUGUCUGUCUGCACCAGAACUUGACAGGUUAGUUGUAUGGGAAAUAGCCUCUGUCUUUUGUUCACAUCACAGAUUUGCACAAUUGAGCAGGCUGAGGGUAUAGAUAUGGGAAUUUAAGAACUAUUUCAACUCCAGUGGACUCAGUCUUCAGUACUUCAUUAGAUCUUUUACAUUUGCCUGGGGCAGGUAUUGAUGGCACCAUUUGUAACCAAACAACAGCAGUACAGUUUUCCUAGUGUGCUCUUGGUUACCGUAAGUAGCACAGGAUCAAGUGCUCAGACCAGAUCCCUCCAGCAGCUUUCUAGUUCUUCUAGGGUAAAUCAAUGUACCCUCCAUAGCAAAAGAGGUGCCACUCAUACAGCCAGUGGAGGAAAACUUGUAAAUACCUGUUACUUGCUGUUUUCAGUGCCAAGUAGCUCUGUGUUGGUGCCCCUGAAAAAAGGGUCAUCCUCACAGCAAGUCCCUGAGACUUACAACAACUGCCAUCAUUACUUAGAGUGCAUCUACUGUUCGUCUGAGCCACUCAUGCUGAGCCAUGUCCCAGAGGCUACAGAUCGACUCCUUGUCCUGGUACUCUCUGGGGCUCUGUCCUUUCCUCCAGGCCAGCACUUUGCUUAAGUGGCACUGAGUCCCAUCAGCCAGAUAGUCCUGAUUCUCAAGCUCCCAUCCCUGUCUGGGUUUCAUGCUUCUAGAAACCACACAUGCCUGGCUUACUCAGAUCAAGUGAAUCAGAAUAUCUGGAAUAAGAGUGGUCAUGAAGUUUAUAUAUAUAUUUCGAAGUUCUCCAAGACCCUGCUGCACAGCCGUGGGGAGAGAGCAUCUUUUCUAGUCCCCCACCCCCAUGCACACUUACACACACGCACACACACGCGCACACACACACACACACAGAGUGCAACAGGGAAGGACUCCAAAGCAGCCCUGUGUAGCUGUUCUGAAGCCAGCACCGACUAUGUAACUGGUCUCUUCGCCAAUGGAAGCUGGAAGCUGGGGCUCAGCUGGAACAAAGUUGCCCAUUCCUGAUGAAUAUGUUACGUGCAUUGUCUCCUGCACCUGUCUGGUUGGAGUCACCAUGCACAUUAUCUUCAUUGUCUCCCAGCAUCAGCCUUGCCUCCAUUACAGUGGGGGAGGGCUAGCUAAGUUGCAGGAUCGGGCUGUGUUUCAACUGGGAUUACCACAGAGGUAAUCUGAGGUAGUUUGUAGGGGAGCAGUUGAGUGGGAUUCAAGAAGCAUUUAGCCUGUUUGCAACUGUAUUUCCAGAGAUGACGUGUAAGGGAUGUAGAAAGAGCUUUGCAUUUUCUGUGCUAGACUGCAGAAAUGUUGGAAUUCCCCCUCCGUCCCCCACCCUCGGGCCCCUCCCCGCCUUUCUGGUGGGAGCCCACAUUGUGAAAACGGCUCUCCUCUGUAUACUGCUCCUUUCAUCUUGAAAAGAAGGGGAAAUAAGUGUCAUAUUGGAGCAAGGCCAUGUGCAUUUUGUUUUAUGGCUAGUUAUUCACUUUGCUAGAGUUACAGAAGUGGAAUGGCAUGCCUAUUCACAGAAACCGGUGGUGUCAGACUAGGCACAACUGAUGGUGGUUGGUACAGGACAGUCUCUCCAGCACCACCAGCCUCCUGAGGCCUGAUGCCAGCAGUUGGGAGUGGAAGUACAAGGCAGGGAGAGCUCCAGAGCACAAAAGAGAAAGCAAGGUGGCCUCUUCUACCUUCCUUCUAUUGAGCCAACUGCCUUUCCCAGGUCUCUGAACUGGGGCUUUCAGAGGCCUCAGUGGCCUGGCUAAGUUGCUUCUCAUCUACCCUCAGCCAAUACAUAGUAAAAAUUAUUUAGUAGUUCAGAUGUCUUUUUUUAAAAAGUUGUAUGUAUGACAGCUGCAAACUGCAAGACCUUAGGAUGCUAAGAUGUAGAGAGAUCUGCAUUCUCCAUGGGUCCCUCUGACCCUGUCUUAGCUGACCCCUGGGCUCCAGUCGCUUUUCACAUCACAGACAAUACUUGUCUUUCCAUUCUUCAUUCAGUUGUUUUACAGCUUUUUUAGAGCCCACCCAAAGUAGACAUCAGGGGUAAAAGACAAGAAAAUGUGCCCCACCAACCAUGGUGGUGAAUGUCUAUAGUUCCAGCUACUCCAGAGGUUAAGAGGUGAGGAUUGCUUGAGUCUGAGUGUUGGAACACAACUUGGACAACAUAGUAAGACCCUAUCUCAAUAAAAAAACAAAACUGGGGCACUGAGGGGUCACACCAGAAGCUGAGA